UUUUCAAUUUGUGUUCUCCAUAUCUAUCUAACUUUAAUUUCCUUCUAAAUUUCUCCAUCGUACGUUUUUUACCGUUUCUCUAUUCGAAAAUUCGAAAUAUAUCAUCCAUAAAAAUAUACGGUAUGCGGAAAUAAACUUUUCAACGCCAACCGUCGAUAAAAUUUUAAAAAAUUCUUAACAUCGAUCGAGUCUAACUGCGAUAUCUCGAUCUCGCAAAAAUCUCGUUAGCGGAGUACUAUCGCAAUUAUCGAUCGAUGCGAGUCGCGCAAUGGUAUCCUUUGGUAGUGGUGGUGUUCGUGCUGGGUUUUAACAAAAAUUCGAAUAAAAGGGUGUGUAAAAUGCACAAACGGCAUAACUCGGGGACUCUCGAGUUGGCCUCGGAGAUGCUUCCAAGAAUAAUAAAUGGUAAAAAACAUCGGAAUCCUGAGAAAAUAUCACCGAGUGGCUUAGUUGUCGCAUUAUCCACAGAGAUGUCUAUGCCCUGAGAAACGGACUGACGGACAGACAGACGUCUCUGUUAAGUUUUUGUGAUUCCCGACGAAAUGUUUGCAAAAUUCGGGAACUCUCCGGAGCGUGCUUCUCUAGCUAGUGCGUGUUAUUCUCUUGGAUGUGUGAUACCCUGUGUGCCAGUUUGUCGGUAGUUGUUAUAAUUUCUGGUGACGGUGGAAAAGUGUAAAAAAAAAAUAGAGCAAACGAGGAGAGGAGAGCGCGUGUUUCGAGAGCUGCACUAGUGAGAACUCAUCCUUUCCUACCAGUACGGACGCCACGCCGCGUGGUAACGCAUCGAGACUGUUGUAUCACGUCGAGACUUUUGUAUUACAUCUGUUAUGUUUAAAUAAACCGAAAUAACGUGUCGCAGUGUGUUGUGUUUCUCUCGCUCUCGCGAGGUAUGUAGGGUUCGAUCCCCUACACCAGUCCGUGGAGAUGUUUUCGUCGCCGGCAUCUGUGGUGGGCGAGCCGUCAGGCUACGACUUUCAGAAAGAGGAGAACGCCGCCAAGUGGAAGGGAGUGUUUGUCAACUCCCUACGCAAGGUAUUGGAACAAGUACACCCCAGUCUUGAAGCACGACAAGAUGCCUUAGACUAUGUUGAGAGUUUGAUCUUGAGGCUUUUGGGAAUGCUUUGUGGUCAUCCUCCUCCACAUACGCCUCAAGAUGUAGAGGAAAGAGUAAGGCGUACAUUUCCUACUCCCAUCGAUAGAUGGGCACUUAGGGAUGCGAGAGAUGCCUUAGAAAAAGGAAAGAAGAAGUCACCGCUAGUUCUUCCAGUUGAUAAAAUUCAUCAGUUGUUACAAAAAGAAGUAUUACAACAGAAAAUUGAUUUACAAGUUAGUCUUUUUGUGGUAGGAGUCCUGGAAUACAUUUCAGCAGAUAUUUUGAAGCUAGCUGGAAACUAUGUCAAAAAUAUACGUCAUGUGGAGAUAUCUUGUGAAGAUAUAAGAGUUGCAAUGUGUGCCGAUAUGGUACUAAUGGACUUGUUUUAUCAAGAUGAUUAUGCAGAGGGUCCACAAAGUGGUUUAGGCGCCGUUGUUUCUCAAACUUAUGAAGAAUCUGUUAGGGAUCUCAUACAUGAUGAACGUCAUUAUUUACGUGAUCUCCAUAUGAUCAUUAAGGUGUUUCGGGAAGAAGUUGCAAAGUUAGCACAAGAUAGAACUGAACUUGAAAUACUUUUUAGUAAUAUUAUGGAUAUUUAUGAUGUUACUGUAACAUUGCUUGGUAGUUUAGAAGAUAUAAUGGAAAUUACAGAAGAGAAACAAACACCCACGGUUGGUUCAUGUUUUGAAGAAUUGGCAGAAGCAGAAGAAUUUGAUGUUUAUAUAAAGUAUGCAAAAGAUAUUAAUAGUCCAACUAGUCGGGAAGUUUUAGCAAAUCUAUUGUCAAGGCCUGAAGCUAAUGCUGCAUUACGAGCAGCAGGACAUGGAUUUAAAGAAGCAGUUAAAUAUUAUUUGCCAAAACUUUUAUUACAACCAAUAUGGCAUUGUUUUUUGUACUUUGACUAUAUAAAGGUUUUACAUAAACGUACACCAAGUAUAGAAGAUGGUGAAACUUUGGAACAAGUACAAGGUCUUUUAAGACCACUACAGAUGGAAUUAUUACAAUCUAUGGCAAGUCUUCCAAAAAAAGAUACAGGCCUGCGAAUGCAAAGUAGAGCAAGGAGGCAAGCAGCCUUAGAGAAAACUAGUGAAUUACAAAAAACUGUUGAUGGAUGGGAUCAAAGGGAUGUUGGACAAUGUUGCAACGAAUUUAUACGUGAGGAUAUGUUAGGAAAAGUAAGUAAUGGACGAAGGUUAACAGAACGAAAGGCUCUUCUGUUUGAUGGUUUAUUAGUUCUUUGUAAACCCAGUGGUGGCAAAAGAGUUAGCGUUACUGUUGCAGCAGUUGGUGUGGUGGGUCAUCCACCUCAUCAGGGCGAAUUGCGUUUAAAGGAAAGAUUUUUUAUUAGAAAAGUUGAUAUUAUUGAUAGGGAGGAUACUGAAGAACUAAAAAAUGCCUUCGAAAUUGCACCAAGGGACCACCCUAAUGUUAUUCUUGUUGCCAAAUCCGUCGAAGAUAAAAAUAGUUGGAUGGCGGAUCUUGUAAUGUUAAAUACAAAGAGUAUGUUAGAAAGAACUUUGGACAGUAUCCUUUUGGACGAAGAAAGGAAGCAUCCCUUAAGGUUACCUCCACCACAUUUGUAUAAAUUUGCCGAACAAGAUAGCCCAGAAAAUAUUGUUUUGGAGGCUAGAGAAAAUGGAGGUGUCCCAUUAAUUAAGGGCGCAACUUUGGUUAAAUUGGUAGAGAGAUUAACUUAUCAUAUAUAUGCUGACCCAGCUUUUGUACGAACAUUCCUUACUACUUAUAGGAGUUUUUGCUCACCUCAGGAACUAUUAACUUUGUUAAUUGAAAGGUUUGACAUACCAGACCCUUCGUUAGUUUAUGGCGAGGAAGAAAAACCCUCUGGUUGUAAAACAACUGCAAGGGAAGAUUGGAAAAGAUAUAGAAAAGAGUUUUGUCAACCCGUGCAAUUCAGAGUUUUAAAUGUUUUAAGACAUUGGGUCGAUCAUCAUUUUUAUGAUUUCGAACGGGAUAGAAAUCUUUUGGAAAGAUUACAAUCGUUUCUAGACACAGUAAGUGGAAAGUCAAUGAGAAAGUGGGUAGAUUCUGUAAUAAAAAUUGUGCAAAGAAAAUGCGAACCUUCGGAACAACGACCUAUAACAUUUAGUUUCGAACGAUCUCCCCCACCUAUUGAGUGGCAUUUAAAAGUUCCUGAAGAAGAAUGGGGAAUAUUAACGUUACAUCCAAUCGAAUUAGCGAGGCAACUAACUCUGUUGGAAUUUGAAUUGUAUAGAACUGUAAAACCUUCGGAAUUAGUAGGGUCAGUGUGGACUAAGCGAGAUAAAGAAAAGACAUCUCCAAAUUUAUUAAAAAUGAUUAAGCACACGACAAACUUCACGCGAUGGAUCGAGAAAAAUAUAGUUGAAGCGGAAAAUUUAGAAGAGAGAGUAGCAAUUGUGUCACGAGCAAUUGAAAUCAUGAUGGUGCUUCAAGAUCUUAAUAACUUUAAUGGUGUAUUAGCAAUUGUUAGCGCUAUGGGUUCAGCGUCUGUGUUUAGGUUAAAAUUCACCUUUCAACAAUUACCUGCACGAUUGGAGAAAGCUCUCGAAGAAGCACGAGAAUUAAAUAAUAACGGUCGUUUUCGAAAAUAUCAAGAGAAACUACGAUCUAUCAACCCCCCAUGUGUACCAUUCUUUGGCAUGUACCUGACCAACAUUUUACAUAUUGAGGAAGGAAAUUCGGAUUAUCUGCCUGGAAGUCCAGAACUUAUCAAUUUUAGCAAGCGACGGAAAGUGGCAGAGAUAACCGGAGAAAUUCAGCAGUACCAAAAUCAACCUUAUUGUCUUUCACUUGAGCCUAGAAUAAGGCAUUUUAUCGAAAACUUAUCACCUUUCGAUCCCAAUAUGAAAGAAGCUGAUAUAAGCAAUUAUUUGUACAAUAAAAGCUUAGAAGUAGAACCAAGAGGAUGUAGGCAACCGCCUAGAGUCCCUCGUAAAUGGCCAGACUUAAACUUAAAGUCACCGGGCAUUAAAGCUAGAAGUUUAAGCGGGAAACUACCAGCUCCAUUGCAAGCAGUAGCUUCCAGCGUGAGAUUACAUGAUCCUCCACCGGAAGUGCAACCACCAGAGCUACCGGAAACUCCUCCGCAUACUUCACACAUCACAGUUUCUCACGUAGGGGACCACAGUGUCUUUGCACCUGUUUUACUAGGAGGUACAGCUCAACCUCCAGGUUCACCAGGUCCUCUUAGCAUGUCAGGACUUUCGAUCAGUUCGCCGGGUAGUAGUCCGCAAAUGGUAUCUCCUGGUCACUUGCCUGUCCCGCAUCAUCAACCACAGAGUAGUCACUUCGGUUUUAAUUCCGGUACGAUUGGUGUAAUGGGAGCUUUGACCGGUAUGUCGUCGUCAAGUGGAAGUCCUGGUGCAUCGAUGCCACCUCCGCCAUCUCCUAGCCACGUACCUUCUAAUCAACCUCCGCCCCCUUUGCCACCCAGAUCUCAUAGGAAACGAGAAAGUUCUAUUAGCGAGUCACCGCAACAGGCGAGACAAGCUCCAAAUGCACCAAUGCUUCCCCCACGGGAUAAUACGUUUCCGCCGCCAUUACCGCCACGAAGAGACUUGCCCCCGGUAACAUUACCGCCUCGCCUUCCGUUGAAUCCAAAUUGUUCAGCGUUACUUGCGAGGCGGAAUUCCACAUUGGAAAACACAUGUUCAAAUACUGUUCAUACACGAAGACACAUGUCUUUCAAUGGGCCAAGUCCUACGAAACUUCCACCUACGCAACCUAAUGGAUCGGUAACACCUAGAUUACCACCAAAACCGUUGCCAGGACGUCCACCAACCACCAUGUUUAAUUUCAAUGCUCCUCCUGGAUCUAGUUAAGUGUUAACAUCUUCCUACCUCUAACCUAAAUUAAAACACAUCUUUUGGAAAUCGAGAUUUAGUCCAGUCAGGAGGAUUAACUGAGUCGAAUAACUUACUUGUACAGUGUGAUUGUUAUUGUAAUUUCAUAGAACUACGUAACUUUCUCACAGAAAGCUUUAAAAGAUCAUAAAUUUUAUUCGAGGCUUUGUAUUAAUGUAUUUACCAUAACAGUUUGCUACUUGAAACACGUGUAGUAAACUGGUAAAUAUGUUAAUACAAAUCAUUCAACACGAAAGAUCAUCUCUAUAUACGGCCUUUACGUGAUGAGAUGCUGUUACAUUCCUUUUUUUAUUAUUUGUCUUUUAACACACGUGACACUAUUUUUAUUGUAAGUUUAUUUUUCGGAAGAUAUAGAAUAUUUCAUCGUAUAUAGUAUAUUUUUAGAGAUUUUUUUACCAAGCGAGUGUAUAAUCACUAAAUAGAGGGCUUUUUGUAUCUUGUUCAAUUUAAUGAACUCGGUUACCAUUUAUCAUGAAAGACGUUUGAAACGAAAAAUUUGUACCAAUCGCUUGAACGACAAAUAUAUUAAUAUCUAAUGGUUCAAAUCUACGAUAUAUUUUUAUAAAUUAGACAAUGUCAGCAAAAUUUAUCUGAUAAUUUUACACUUGAGUCUCGUAUCGUCAGCACAAUGAACAUUAGUUUUAAUACAACCAUAAAUUACAAAAGUAGGAAGAAAGAUGAGGUACAAAGAAUAAUAUAAUUAUAAAUUUUGCAAAUAGUGUACACUAUAGAAUCAUUUAGAAACAAUGUUAACAAGGGAGGCACACGACCUCCAGAACACUGAGUUCAAACUUGGCACAAUUAUGAGAUCGAGAAUAAUAACUCAAUCAGAUUGUAGCGUGCACUUUUUCGAGAAAAAUUUGGGUGCACAGUUUUCCAUAAAUGUAAAGCUUAGCAAAUACAGAAUCCAUUAUAACCUAGAAAUAAACAUGCAAGCUAGCUAUACGUUUUUGAGUACAUAUGUUUAUGAAGCGUCUUAUCACUAGUCUAUAGUGGAUUUUGUGUUUAAUAUAAUUUAAAGAAUUAAAUAGAAAAUGUGAAACUUUAAAAACUUAGGAAGUUUACAAUAUGAAUCAUAAUAUUUAGGUUAGCAAAGACAGUACCUUGCCAUUGAACUAAACUAGUUUUAGAUAUAAAUUUCUUCCAUAUUUUAGAAAAAUGCAUGCAUUUUAUACAAUUUUUUUUAAGAUCACAUAAUUGUGCAAAAGUUUGGAGCAAAUCAAUGUUCUGAAUAUUGUGUGUACAUUUUAUAAGCAAAAGAUAUAGUAAUGUAACAAUACCUUUUGCUGAGAUUCCUUAAAAACGAAAUAAGAUAAAGUAACAUAAUUAGCACAAAGUAAUAAUAUAUCAAUUACUAGAGUCUACAUUACAGUAGAACAGAUUGUUACAAACGAUUAUAUUUGUAGGCAAGUUAAGAGAAAAACGAAAAACGUUUCGCUUUUAAAAAUUACAUAUAAAACGACGAGUUUCUUGAUAAUUUAUCUUUCAACAGAAUAUAUCUUAAAUUAAACGAUGUUGAAUGUUUUAUAUUAUAGUCGCUUUCGCGGACUAUUAGGAAUGUAUGAUACAUUUCAUCGCAGCCGUUUAUUGAACAAAUUAACGAUGUCAAAUUUGUUUAGUGUCGUCCAUCAGAUCUGAAGGAGAUCCGACUGAAUGGACUAGGUAUCGAUUUCGGUCUGAACGGUCUCCUUUUCUUUAAAACAAAUCCCUAUCUAUCCCUCAACACAACUGUGAUACACUUUUAGAUUUUAAAAAGGAAACAGAAGACGCAAGAAAGUGCAGUAUGGAAUGAUUCAUAGGCCAAUAUACAUAUAAAUCGAAUCAAUAGAAAGAAAAAAAAAAAGAAGUAAAUAUGUACAUGUAUAUUAUUAUAAAUAUAUUCUAUAGUAAUUAUUGUAAUAAUGUCAAGCGUAAGACGAAGAAUGAAAUAUUGAAAUUAUGUACAAUAAAGAGUAUAUUGUAUAGA